AUGGAAGGAAAUCCUUAAAUUGAAGAAGAAGAGGAAGACAAUAAUAAGAAAACAAAUAUCAGUUUGGCAUAAAAGAAUAGUGAAGAUGGAAAGGAAGCUAUGUAAAGUAGAGGAAAUGCUUUAAAUCUCAAUCGCUUAACCUUCUCUGGUAAUAUAAAUGCUAACAAUUUAGAUUCUUAAUAAGGAGAUAAGUAAAACCAACCUGCAAACUCUAACUCAAUUUUAGCAAGAAGAGGAAUAUAAGGUUAAAAUAUUAAGAUUCCAAAAGCUGAUUCUAUCAACCCAAUAUAAAAUGGAGGCGCAAAUGCAAAUCCUGCUAAUGUUCCCACUAACAAUGAAAAUGAAAACAAUACUUUAGCAGGAAUUCAAAUGAUGAGCACAGGAAACUUAGAAUUUAUGUCUUCUACACCCUCUGCCGCUUACAAUCAAAACGGUUUAAAUUUCAUGAAUAACUAAUAUAUGCCUUUUUAUACAGGAUUCCAUAAUAACCAAAUUCAAGUAAAUAGCCAAGCUCAGCUUAACUAACCUUCCAGCGCCAGCUAGCAUGAAGCUGCAUCUCCAAUGUUUGUCUUACCUGGUAUAAACUCCCCUGCACCUAGAAAUCAACUACCUUUGUUCAAACCUCCUAUUUCUGGAAUAGGAAAUAACACUCCAUCUGCAAUCACUCCUCUUGUUGGUAGUUCAUACUUAGUCUACACACCAGGAUAGUUAGGUAUAUCAACACCUGGUAUCUUUAACUAAUAUCCCAUGAUGACUCCCUAUUAUAUGCCUAAUAAGUUUGCACCUCUCUAAAAAAUAGGAGGUGGUACCUUAAAUGAAUUAGAUAAGCUUGAAGGAGAUAACAGUACUUACAUGAAUAUAGUAUCAAACAACUAUCAACCUUUUGAAAACAAUGGUAUUUCAUCUAUGAAUAAUUUCCACUUCGCUCCUCCUACUCCUACACCUACACCUGGGAUGACUUCUACUUAAUUCUUCAAUAGCAACAACAAUAAUUAAGGUGCUAAUUAGAAUAAAUCUAAUCAAAACAAUAAUUUUAAUAAUAACAAUAAUAAUUAAUAGCAUUAACAGAAUCAAUAAAUUAACCCCAACGAUUUAAUAGGUUACCAAACCAACGAAAAUAACUCAAACAAUGCAAGCAAUAAGAAUGGCAGCAGCAUUUCUAUUUCACCAUAAGUUGCUGAGCAAAAGAGAGACGACAAAAAUGCAGAAUCCUCUAACUCAAAUAAUAAAGCCAAUAUUCCAACAACUUUGGAAAGCCUUAUGAAAGAAAUCAAUUCCUUAGACCCUGAAAAUCAAAAACUACUUGGAUAGAUGUUAUAGUCAAAAAUAGCUCAUUCUCAUCCUUAAGACUAAACAGAAAGCAAUGAAAAAUUGGUCAAAGAAGAACACACAAGAAAGAGCUUUUCAACUUACCAAUGA